AUGGCGAAGAAGGGCGCGAAAGCAAAGGAUAAAGAGCCCAAGGCCAAAGGUGGCAAGGCCAAAGCCUCGAAAAAGCAGCAGAAGCAAAAACAAGAGGAGGAUGAAGAAAAAAUUCAGACUGACGAGCAACCUCAGCAACCUGAGGAUGGUCAGCCGGCACUUAUAGACGAACAAGCUACAACGCAAACCGAAGAGCCGCUUCAGAAGCCUGAUGAAGACGCAAAGCCUGACGAAACCGUAAAGUCUGAGGAAGAGACGAAGCCGGAAGAAGAAGUGAAGCCGGAAGUAGAGCUACUGCUGGAGGAGUCUAAGGUUGAAGAAGAGCCAAAGGUUGAGGAAGAGUCCAAGGCCGAAGAGGAACCAAAGAUCGAAGAGGAGCUCAAGAUAGAAGAAGAACCCAAGGUCGAAGAGGAGCCACAGGUCGAAGAAGAGCCGACGACCGAAGUAGAGUUGACGAUUGACGAAGCACCAAAGACUGACGAAGAAAUGAAAACUGACGAAGAAACGAAAACUGACGAAGAGCCAAAGACUGACGAAGAACCAAAGACUGACCAAGUGCUAAAAUCUGACGAAGAACUAAAGACCGACGAAGGGCCAAAGACUGACGAAGAGCCAAAGACCGACGAAGAGCCAAAGCCUGACAAACUACCCAAGGUAGAUGACGAGGAGGAUUCUGGAUGGGGAUCGUUCAGUCCUGUUCCCGCUCCUAGUAAGAAGGAGAAAAAGAAAAAGAAAAAGAAAGGCGGUUCGGUAGUCAAGCCGGUUAGUCCCAAGCCGGAAGAGCCAAAGGUAGAAGACGAGGCGAUACCUGAAGCGGCCCCUGAGGAAGUAUCCCAGCCUCAGGAAGCAGCGGAAGCUGUGGAAGAGAAAUUCGAAGAAACGAUACCGGAACAAGAUGUGAAGCUCGAAGAGGAAACCCCCGAGAACGUGCAGCCCGCAGAACAAGAACAACAAGAAGCACAACAAGACUUCCAAACUCCAGAGCCAGAGAAAGAAGAUGAAAGGGGAUGGGAUGAACGAGAAGACGACCAAGAGUCAGCCUUUCAAGUUCCUGAUUCUCGGAAAUCUUCGACUCCGUCCCCAGCUCCAUCUCGGUCUUCAUCCUCCAAAAACCCACGCAAGUCACCGUUAAUGAUCGAAAGCCUUCCUCCCCUCCCAAGAUCGAUUUCCUCCACGCCGUCUAAUUUGAGCCUGAGCCAAGCGUUCCCAUCUCCCAAGCUUUCAACUUCAGGAGCCCCAAGCAAGUCCGGGUCAAAGAACGGGAAGUGCGACAGCACAGAAACUGAAGACGACUAUCAGGAAGUUGAGGAGCCUACCCCAGCUGCUUCACAUAAAGGCCGAUCUGCUUCACCUCGCUCUCAGUAUGACGUGACUGAUAGCGACUACCAAACUGCCUACGGUUCCGCCAAAACUCCCACCACUACAAGGGCAGUAUCAAACGGAGGCUAUUCACCUGUCGAUGUCCCGCUCCCUUCACCGUCAGUAUCAGAGGCCAGGACCAAGUCUUCUUCCCCUCCACACCCAUCCUAUGAAUACACGCACCAACCGCAACCCAUCCCUGUCUCCGCACCGCAUUUUGCCUAUCCAUACCCAUACGCACACUUAUACCAGCAAAACGCAAACUAUCCUAGCAGCCCGGCUAUGGACCAGAACCCAGCAAACGUGGUAACACCGCAAUACUCGCCUGUUAUGCACCCUUCUCCCCAGCCUAACUAUUCAACCACUUUCAGCCAACAACAAGGGAGGAGAGCCAGUCGAUCAUCGAGAAGCCAAUACGACUACUACUUUGGGAAUACUUCUCAGUAUCGUUCGGCCCGAGAAUCGAUGUCACAACCUACUGAGAACGGCAAGCCGCAAAUGAACGGCGAGCGAGACCUCGCAGAUACUGUCAAUCUCCUCCACCGCAUUCAGAAUGUCAUUCCCGACCUGAAUAAGCUCGUGGUAAGCUAUCGCGAGGCCCAAAGCCAACUGUCCGCCAGAGAGGCAGAGAACAAACAAAUCGAAGCUCAGCACGAACAGGCUCUACUGCACAAGGAAUACUACAUCGAGGCACUGCAAAACCAGAUGAGAAAAGUCGCCAAUGAGCAUGCCGAGGAAUGUUCGAAACUCAAGGGCAAGAUUGGCGCGCUCGGAGUUGAACUCGGUGAUCUUCAAGAGAGAAAUAGAGACACUGAGGAUAGCUUGGUUGAGACUCAGAAAGCAAGGGAGGAGCUUCUUCGUGCUCGAGAUGAACUGGAAGACGAAAUCGAUCACAUCCAGAAAGAGAUCGAGGCGGCACGCGAAGCGCACGAGCGAGACAUGGCGAGACUGAGGAAGGAAGCAGAGAAGGCAGAAGAGGAAGCGCUUGCUGAUCAGAAGGAGAGAUUGGAGGACCUUUUCCAGGAAAUCAAAAACGAGGACGACAGACUUGCUGCCGAGCAGCUCAAGGCGCGCGAAGACGAGUUGCUGGGUGAGCAGGAAGCGCUCAAGGCCGACUAUGAGAAGCAGCUGGAAGUAAAGCAAUCCGAACUUGCUGCCAAACAACAGGAGCUGGAUGCCAACGAGUCAGAACUCAAAGCAACCCUCGAGGAGCUGAAAUCCACCCAAGCAGAACUUGACGAGAAGAAGGCGGAGCUUGCAGAAAAGUGCGCAGAGUUGGAGGCCCUCAAAGAAGAGCUGGCGAACGCAAAGAUCGAUCUCGAAGCCAAGCAACAAGAAUGCGACUCCAAGCAGAGCGAGCUUGAAGAUACUCGAAAAGAUCUCGAAGAGACCAAGCGCAAUCACGAAGAGGAGCUCGCGACAUUGAGGGGCGCCUUAGAAAGCCAAACCAAUAACGUCAAGGAAAUCAAAGAGCGUUUGGCCAACAUGGUUCUCGAACAUCAGCACCAGGAAGAGACAUGGCAGAAAGCCCGCGAAGGUUUCGAAGCGCAGCUUAGCGAGAAGGCCGAAGAACUGAAGCUCAGCAACGAGGAGAAGGGGGUACUCGAGCGAGAAGGUCUGGCGAAGGAGGAGCGACUCCAGAGCAUAGUAGAGGAGAUGCGCCAGACCCAUAAUAAUCUGAACAAAGACCGGGAGAGAUUGAAGAAAACCCUACAUAGUCUUGGUGAAGCGACAGACAUGAAGAUGAAGGGGGACUCAUUCUUCAUUGAAUCGUUCGCCGAAUUGUCACGGCUCAUCAUCGAGGUAUCAAAGACAUACUUCACAUACCUACCCAUCGAGCCGCCACCAGAUAUCCUAGCCAAGAUACCAUCCGAUAUCCCGCAGUUCUUGGACAACACUCCAGCAUCCCGAGAGCUUCGAGCCGCCUACGUCCAGCACGUCAUCUCGAAGACUCUGACAUAUAGGAUCUUCCAGCCCUUCUUGUUCACCCUCGGAAGACGAUAUGACAAGGCCGACACAUUCUUCCAGAUGCUGUCAAUCGAUAUCCGCCGCAAAUCCGUACGACGUGAAGCAUUCUGGAGACAACAAACGCUUAAGGCAGCGUAUACAACGUCUGAUGCCAAACAGGCGAUCAACGUGGUUGCAGCGGUUAUUGUGGACGAGAUCGUCGACCAUAUCCGUCACUUCACCGACCCAACACACCUAGACGCCUUGCUCACGAACGUCCGAAAGAUCGUGAAGCUCGCGGCCGAGACAUGGAGAUUGGCUCGUGUUGAACGAGAACUGAUCACAGCCACAAUGCCUUCUGCAGAAGACGAACAGACUGCAAACGAAGAGUGGGAGGAAUUCGACUAUGACUCGCGUGCGCCAUCACCAACAGGAGUUGAGGCGUCAGUUGAGACAUCAGCAUUCAAGAAGCACCGCCGCCCUCUUCUCCGAAUGCUCCCUCGUAUCUACCGUGGAGCAGUGCAUGAGGAUUUCCUGUCAGAGGAUGACCACGAGAAAGCAUCGCCAUGCACUUAUCUCCGGGGAGUCAUACUAUACAGCGAUUCUCCCUCCGUCUUGGCCCGACGAGCUGAGAUGUUCAAGAAGAAACCAGGCCCAGAACUGUCUGCCUCGAUUGAAGAUGCAGAAGAUGCGCCACUAAGGGCCGCAUCUGCCACUCCGCCGAACGGGAUCGGGAGGAGCCCUUCCCCAAAAAGCCCGGUUGGUAACCGAUCGCCUAGAUCUAGGAGAUCCAGGGAAAGGGCCUCAAGUGGCGAUGACUAG